AUGUCUAAGGUAAGUGUUACAAGUAAAUGUAACUUCUUUGUCAAGUCAUACUCGGAUCUUUCGGAGAAGAGAAACCAACACCAUUAUAAUCAACAGCCACUAAUAGGAGAGUUCUUGAGUUUCCAAGAUGAGUUAAGCAAGAGCAGGCUAAUCAUUCAAUCAUUAUCAGAGCAUUGCAGCUCAAAAACGGGAGACGUCAGACGCAAAAAGGCGACUCAGUGGAUCAAAUCAGCUUUGGCUACCGAUCUUAAACAUGUUUCUUUACCUGCAAGUAAGCCUACGCAGAGUCCCGCGAGAAAGACUUUUACCCUAAUCGCUCAAGAAGUCAAUAAUAACCUUGAAGACAGCACAAGGGAAAGAAACUCCGGGUCCAGAGAGAGAAAGGAGAGGUUAAGCAGAGCAGCAAGUGACCUCAGAAACUUGGUUAAGGAAGAGUGA